AUGAGCACUCCACCCAGAAAAUGGCUGAUGGAUCGCAUUACUGGCGACUCCAAAUACGGUGACAGAGAUCGUCCAUCUGGGCCCUGUUGUUGGGUACCUCCCAUGGUUGGUUGGUGCCCCGGACUGUUGGAAGAAAAUGGAUGCUGCAAAAUGGUUGGACAGAUAGGAGCUUACUCUAGCGAAGCUUCGCGAUUUUACUUGAUGCAUUUGGGUUUCAUGCUGAACCUCAUUUCGAUGCUAUUGAUUGCCUUUGCCUGUUUGGCAAUAUCCGAGGAUUUUGACAUCUUGUCCAAGGCAUCGUUCGGAAAGUUGACUUUAUCAGAUGAAGUUGGAGACCUUGCCGCUGGCACUGUUAUGCAUGUUGGAUUACGAUCUGUUUCAUUAUCGAAGGACGAUGUUGGAAUAGUGGUGAUCAAUUUUGAUCAACUUUGUGAAGUGGAUGGAUUCGAUGCCUUUAUGAAACCCACCGACUGCGAUUCUUGCCAAUCCAUGGCUCCAAACUUUGCUAUUUCAAUCAUGCUGGCAGCAGUGCUUGUUCUGCCGACCUUGUUCAUCAACGUUUCGCGGUUGUACUCUGGAUACGAUGCCAAUUGCUCCAAAUUCUACUCUGGAGUGCUAUCCUUGGCAUGCAUCGGGCUUGCACUCAACACCAUGUUCACAUACAAAUUCCUUUGUGGCGACAAGUUCUACCAAGGAGUCGUGCCAUUUGGUGUCGACGGUGACGCCUUUCCACAAAGAGAAUCUUUUUAUGUCAACUAUGACUGGCAAUGGGGCUGGGGUAUCAUCUUCCUGAUUGCAGGUGUUGUCCUCAAAAUAUUCGAAUUACUCAUUAACUGCUGCAUCCCAACGCCAUCAAUUACCAGAGAAAGAAAAGAACAAGAAACCUACGAGCAAAUUCAAGAUUGGGAUGACUAA